AUGGCUACCUAUUCACGCCUCUCACGGUUUGAUGGCGAACCCUUAUCUAAUCCUACUCAGUACCGGAGCAUUGUAGGUGCUCUUCAAUAUGUUACUCUCACCAGGCUAGAUGUUGCUUUUGCAGUAAAUAAAGUUUGCCAAUUCUUACAUGCACCUACUGAAGAGCAUUGGGGCGCAGUUAAGCGUAUCCUGCGGUACCUCAAAGGUACCAUUAACACUGGAUUAUUUUUCUCAGCACACAUGUCCGACAACUUGACUGCAUACUCCAAUACUAAUUGGACCAGAUGCCCGGAUGACAAACGGUCUACUAGCAGAUAUGGCAUUUUUCUUGGCUCUCACUUGAUCUCGUGGAGUGCUAAGAAACAACCUACUAUUGCUCGAUUAAGCACCAGAGCUGAAUUUCGAGCCCUAGCUAAGGCCACCACGAAACUCUUGUGGCUAAACUCUCUACUUUCUGAUUUGGGGGUCAAGAUCCGAUCGCCACCGAUGUUAUACUGCGAUAAUAUUGGGGCCACAUACCUUGCAGCUCAUCCCAUUUUUCAUGCUCGCACUAAACACAUUGAGGUCGAUUUUAAUUUUCUUCAGGAUUUUAUUGUUAAGAAGUCUCUAGUGGUACAGUUUCUUCCCACUUAG